GAAUCACGUGUUUAUUCGAUCGCCUAUAUCGACAUCAGUGCUGUCCGACUGGCUACCAUAUGAUCAGUGUGUAUUUAGAAUUUUUGUCCUUUUACCGAACAACAAUAAUAAUAUGGCCAAUACGAUCGGUGGUUCGAAAUUAUUCAUCCCAAAACCUCCUGCCAAAGGGAGUUUUCCUUUAGAUCAUUAUGGUGAAUGUAAACAUCUUAUGAAACAAUAUACUGAAUGUCUACGAGAAACAGGCUCAAAAGUGACGACCAAAUGUCAAUCGAUUGCCCGUGAAUAUCUUGAAUGUCGUAUGGAUAAAGAUUUGAUGGUUAAAGAAGAUUUGAAAUAUCUUGGCUUCAAUACUGAUGAUGAUAAAUCUCAAAAUUAACCACAACUAUCAACUAUGGCUGAUAAUAAAAUUUACAAAUUAAAUACCAAACCUAUGGUGAACACUGUCGAUUAUUGAAACAAAUUAAUAAAAGCAUUGUUGAUGCAUGUAAAAAUGA